AUGCUCAAGCUUCACGUUUUCCCCCCAACCCCCACCUCCGGCGGCGCUGCCCUCGCCUCCUUCCCCCUUCCCUUGGCCGAAUAUCCACACACAGGUUUUGUCGUCCCUUGCAUGUUUCUGCUUGCUGCAGGGCGCCUCUUGUUGUCGGAGUGCAAACCAGGCCUAAGAAGCUGAUCCAACAUCCCGAAGGUGCUUGCCGGCAACAACAGCACUCUGCGAACCAUGCCGAUCCUGAUGAAGCUCGGAUUUUGCGACAUGGUCGAUGUCCUCGAAGUGUCCUCGUCUCCAUACCAAACAAAAUUGGGUGGGUGUAGAUGUUGGUGCCGUUGGGAAAUCGGUGUGAUCGCUACUGGACACUGCAUAAUAUCAUGCAGAUGGAGUGCGCUCUGCUGUUCAGGUCACACAGCAGCUACACCAUGUUGUUGGUUAUUGAUGAUUGGCGUUUCUGUUGGGCAGCAACUACCCAAUAGUUGUCUGCGGACAACUAGUUGCGCAGCUUUUUUUGUCUGCAGGCAGCUAGUGGCGCAGCUUGUUCAAGAAAUAGUUGUCUGCCAGACAACUGACAACUAAAGUAGUUGUACAGGGUGUGCAAGAGUUCAAGUUUUGGCAGCAAGUACCUCAUCAACUACGCGUAAUGGAUGCCCAGAUGCCUCACGAAACAUUGCAGAAACCCGGCUACUUUCUCCAUUGCUAGCCUAGUCGAAGGCCUUGUUCCUACUCCCAGCUCCCCUAACAAUGGUCUGCAUAGAUAGACAUGACGAGUGAAACAAAGGUCACGCCCUUUGUUGCACACACCAUGUCGACGCAGACCACCGCUACGGGGGGGUGGGAUUAGGAAGAAGGUUCGGGACUAGGCUAGCAAUGGAGACCACAGUCGGGUUUCUGCAAGGUUUCGUGCGUCAUCUGGGUAUCGAUUGCAUGUGGUUGAUAAGGGCGUGGACAAGGGGUGACGAAUAAUCGCAUCAGAACAUUCGUCGACAUCAAGAGGUAGAGCGCACAGUAUCAUAUCGGGCCGUAUGCUAUACUGACCGCGAUUCAUCACACUUCUUUGUGGCACACGCACAGCCGCAUCUCCGUUUGUCUACGUUCGAUAUGAUAUCCAUCGUAUUUCAACGAUGGCCGAGAAUAUAUAUAAGUAUAGAUAUGCCGGCAUGAAUCAUGAAUCAGCGUGCACACGACCGUGUGUGCCUUUUCGUAGUAUUUUGUUAUGGAAAUGUUAGCACAUAGCCAUUAUGAGUCAAUGUUCAGUAGCACUGCACUUGUACGUCGUAGAUCAUCGUAGAUCUGUUAUGUGCCGGUUGGUAUCUAACGUGCGUUGUAUAUGCGGAGGAAGUACUUCUGUAGGAUUCUAUGUUGCCUUGACGAGUAGCUCACUCUCUCGUGUGGAUCCUUCCUGACUGUCUGGCAUCGUAGCCAUCCUGGUCAUCUCCAGUACCCAGCCAUCUUCUGGACUCCUGCAUACUCUGCGGUUUAUCUGUGUGUGUUGGCCACAUAAGCGCCAGUGUUUACAACAUCUUGUCACCUUCUUCAUCACACGGAAGCACUCACGUAUUCCAGGGCGUCCACUACACUAGUGUCACCAACUUGAUUAGCGUCAAGGACACAGCCUCUCUGCCACCUUGCUGGGGUAUACUACAAUAUCCA